CAUUGCAUGUAUAGGGAGAGAGAUUUCAGAAUGGCGACUGUCUUUACUUAGGAGAGUACUUAUUCCCGCCCAGAAAUUGUGUAAUUAACGUGUGUCUUUGGAAAGUUCCAUGUGAUUUUCAUUGCGUAUUUACUGAAAAUGAUAAUAGAGAAUCCGGAUCAAUUCAAGGCGUGGCUCACUGCCGUCUUGGAACCACUUUGUGAUGCAGAUCCUGCUGCAUUAGCAAAAUAUGUAUAUGCUCUCGUUAAGAAGGACAAAACACUGGAAGAGUUGCGAGGUGGAAUGGUUGAACAGCUCGAUGUAUUUCUGCAGCAAGAAACAAAAAAUUUUGUGGAAUUGUUAUUUAAAACAUUAGAGACUCAAGAAUAUGUACUUCCGCCUCCAAAAAGUGAUCCAGAUGGUGGUGGGACACCACCAGGUGUAAAUCCACCACCUCCAGCAUUAACUACAGAUAAAGUAACUGAAAGUACAAUUGCAAUUACUUCUAUGAAUACAAAUCCCCCUGCUCCACUUCAAAUGAAUGGAUCUGCACCUAUGGCAAUAGGUAAACGUGAAACUAGAAAAUCAGACUCUGAUAAAGUUGACAAAGAGAAGGAAAAACGUUCUAGGAGUCGAAGCGGUCGGAUGAGGUCCCGAACAAGGUCACGUUCGCGUUCAUGGGAGAGAGAUAGACGUAGAUCAAGAAGCAGGGAACAUAUUCGUCGUGAUCGAGAACGCGACAGGAGUCGGCCAUGGAGAAACGAAUCGCCACCAAAUACACGACGACAUGACAGGAGACGAAGCAGAAGUCGUAGCACAUCACCAAUACGCCCAAGAAUACGAGAUGGUCCUGAUAAUCGUGAUCAUAGAGCGCGAUUUAGAAAUCGAUCUCCGACACCACUCCGAUCUAGAUCCCGAUCAAGAUCAUUAGAUCGCAAAAAGAUAGAUCGCUCUGAAAGGAUGGAAGUGGAUAGAACAGAAAGAAUUGACGGGAGUCCUGGUGGAGGUACUCCAACACAGGAUAGCAAUCAUGGUGACGUAGACAUGAGGUUGUCGACUACUAGUCAAUCAAUUCAAAGCGUCGUUGCCGUCGCUUCUAGUGUUCCAAAUAACCAACCAGGUUUUCAAGCCAAGAGGAGGUGCAGGGAUUUUGAUGAAAAAGGUUACUGUAUGAGAGGUGAUCUCUGUCCCUAUGAUCAUGGUACAGAUCCUGUUGUAUUAGAAGAUGUAGCUCUAAGUCGUGUUCUGACCUUUGGCCCACAUAGUGCUCAAGCACCAGGAACAGUACCUGUAACAGCAGUACCAGAACCACCUCCAGGACCUAAUGGAAAUGCUCCACCACAACACCUCCCUCUUGCAAGUUUACCUCCUCCACAUUUAAGGAAUCAACAUCAUUCUGAUAUGGAUGCUUUUGCGGAAUACAAUCCAGAUGCACCAAGUAUGGAGCCGCGAAUGCCAUGGGGUAGACAUCCUCAACCUGGACCUGGAAUUUAUGGGAGGGGUCGACGGGAACUGAUCAGUGUGCCAGUAAUUCCACAUACAAACUCGUCUGAGAUACCACAUACUCAAACAAAUCCGUUAAAACGUAAACAAGCAUUCGAUUUUAAUCGUCUUGGACCAAAACAACGAGUGGUACAUAAUCCAGCUAAUUGUUCUCUGGAAUUAAAAAAAGUUCCACGUAGCCUGAACAACAUAACCCAGUUGAAUAAUCAUUUUUCAAAAUUUGGUAAAAUUGUAAAUAUCCAAGUUAAUUUCGGCGGAGAUCCUGAGGGAGCGUUGGUUACCUUCCAGCUACCAGCUGAAGCAAAGGCUGCAUACAGAAGUACGGAGGCUGUGUUGAAUAAUAGAUUUAUCAAAGUUUUUUGGCAUAACAAUGUUAACAACAAUGCAGCUGGUGGUGCUAUUGAGAACGUACCACCAGGAUGCCGUCCCUCUGUCAAAGAACGAUUAGGUGCUGCUGUAACUGCGCCAGCAAAAACUGAAGAAAAUGAAUAUAUUCCCACUCGUCGUUCAACCGAAGAACAAGUCUCACAGACUUUGGUUCCAACAUCGCCAAAAACCACCACUGUUCCUACGCGAGAAGACAAAGUUCUUGCAAUAAAAAAGACACAAGAAAUAUUAGCCGCUAAGGAAACGUUAAAGAAAAAACAGGAAGAGAAACGUAAAGAGGCAUUAAAAUUAACUGCUGAUUUGCGUAAAAGAAAACAAGAACUAUUAGAUAAGCAUUUAAUAGAAAUUCGAGCUUUGAUUGACAAAGCUGAAAAGAAUCCAGAACAAAAAGAUGCAAUUAUGGCAACAAUCAAAACGAUGCAACAAUCUAUUGAUAAUUUACGUAAAGAUUUGGCUGCAAACGGCCAAAUAGGUGGUAACAAAACGCAAAUCAAAUCUAGAGAACAAACCCAAAAAGAGAUCUUAGACGCAGAAUUAGAUUUAAUGACUGCGCAACAGGAAGGACAAGAUGCUGGAGAAUUGCAAAAGAGAUUAAAUGAAUUGCGAGCACAAGCUGCUGCAUUAGGUUUAAAUGCAGGGCCAACUGCUGGUCGAGGUACAAGAUCUAGUAGAGUUAUACGAGGUAGUCAUGCAAUAUCAUAUAGGGGACGCGGCAGAGGAAGUUUUGCCCAUGUUUCAGUAGAUCAUAGACCUACAAGUCUUCUAGUCUCUGGUUACGAAACCGAAGAAAAGGCUGAAGUUUUAGCACAUUUUCAACAAUUUGGAGAGAUAGUAAAUCAAAUAGUAGAUGACGCAACGCCUUCGAUUGUAAUCAAUUUUAAAUCAAGAAAAGAAGCUGAGAUAGCUUUAGUAAAAGGACGCACAUUUCAGGAUAGAUUAUUGUCUAUAACUUGGGUCUCUGGACAUCACCUACAUCGUGGCGGUGGUGGUACAAAUGCAAAUGCGUCUGUACAACUUUCUUCGCGUUCUGAACAAGCACCACCACCCACCGAUGAAGAUAUUGACUUAGAAGGUAACGCUGAGGCAUUACUUCUCGAAGAAAACGAAGAAGAAGAAGACGAAGAUGGUGAGUCGCGAAGCUGGCGGCGAUAGCAGCGUCAGCGUUAUUUGUGACAAAAACUUGGUACCAACUACAAUGACUGUGUGAUGAUCUGGGCGAAUCAAUAUAUGCUCAGCACUUGCGCAAUUGCUGCACUAUCGUUUAAUGCGUCAAAUGCCAUGAUUUACAUGAAAAAAUCAGGUUAUGAGCUCAUACACGUUAUUAUGAGUGUUACACUAUUUGUUAAUAUUAUUAAAUAUAUACACAUGCGCAUUAUAACGGUAUUAUAAAACAUGUGCCGUGUCAAAUUGCGCAUCGUGAAAUAGAAAACAGAUAUACAAGUUUCCAACAACAAAAAAAUUAACCAAAUUUAUCCCAUUAUUUGUAGAAUAAAAUCGCUAUGUUUUGUAUGGGAAA